AUGACGGCGCGUCUGGGCCUUGAAUUCCUGAUCGCUGCUGUGGCCGCUUUCGUUGUGACUGUCCUGGAUACGUCCGAGUUUUCAGAAGCGAUCACGUUUCCGUUUCUGAAGGAUUUCACGUUGAACCUCGGACUGGUUUUCAUUCCGUUUGCGGCUUUUGUAAUGGUGGGUGCAGGCAAUGCUGUAAACCUGACCGACGGGCUUGAUGGCCUCGCGAUCGUCCCGGUGAUGAUCGCCUGUGCAUCCUUCGGUCUGAUUGCCUACCUGUCCGGCAAUGCUGUUUUUGCGAGUUACCUUCAGAUCCAUCAUGUCUCGGGAACCGGAGAGCUUGCCGUCAUUUGCGGUGCUGUGAUCGGGGCAGGUCUCGGGUUUCUGUGGUUCAAUGCACCGCCGGCCGCCAUCUUCAUGGGUGAUACCGGGUCCCUGGCACUUGGUGGCAUGAUCGGCGCUAUCGCGGUCGCCACGAAACAUGAAAUCGUUCUCGCGAUCAUCGGUGGCCUUUUUGUUCUGGAGGCGGUGUCGGUCAUCGUGCAGGUGAUUUCGUUCAAGCUGACCGGCAAACGGGUCUUCCGGAUGGCGCCGAUCCAUCACCAUUUUGAAAUCAUGGGGUGGACGGAAAGCCAGGUAGUCCGAAUGAUACCCAUCACCACAUUUGAAGGCAGGAAAGUCGCAUUGUUCGGGCUCGGGGGCUCCGGACUGGCGACUGCCCGUGCCUUGAAAGCGGGUGGUGCGGAUGUGGUGUGUUACGACGACAAUGAUGCGCGCGUGCAGCAGGCAGCCUCCGAGGGGCUGACAACGCUGGAUCUUCGCAAUCUGGACUGGGAUGGCGUUGAGGCGCUCGUGCUUGCUCCCGGUGUCCCGCUGACGAAUCCGAUUCCCCACUGGACCGUGGAUCUUGCCCGCGAUGCCGCUGUUGAGAUUGUCGGCGAUGUCGAAUUGUUCUGCCGCGAGCGGCGCAAGCAAUGUGCAACUGCGCCGCUGAUCGCAAUUACCGGCACCAACGGCAAGUCGACGACGACCGCACUUGUGGCGCAUCUGUUGAAGGAGCUCGGGCUGGAUGUUCAGGUCGGUGGCAACAUCGGCACACCCGUGCUCGAUCUGGAACCGCUGCAGCCGGGGCGCCACUACGUCGUCGAGUGCUCCUCCUACCAGAUCGACCUGGCACCAACGCUCGACCCGAGCGUCGGGAUCCACAUGAACCUGUCACCCGAUCACCUUGACCGGCACGGCACGAUGGAAAAUUACGCAGCAAUCAAGGAACGGCUUGUUGCAGGAUCCAGGGUGGCUGUCGUCGGUGUCGAUGACGGGCUGUCGUCUGCGAUCGCCGAUCGACUUGAACUGGCGCACAAGCCCGUUUGCAGGAUCGCCGGAGAACGGGAGUUGACCAGCGGGAUCUAUGCCCGUUUUGGCAGGCUUUACGAAGCGCACAACGGCAGUCAGUCGGAAGUCGCUUUGCUGGGUGGCAUCGACAGUCUGCGCGGUGAUCACAAUGGUCAAAAUGCAGCCGCUGCCUUUGCGACGCUCAGGGCACUGGAACUGCCGGCUGACAGGAUUGCUGCGGCCAUGAAGACAUUCCCCGGCCUUCAUCACCGCAUGGAAAUCGUUGCAAAACGUGGACGGAUCCUGUUCGUCAACGAUUCGAAAGCGACAAAUGCGGAGGCCGCCGGCCGCGCGCUUUCCAGUUUCGACAGGAUUUACUGGAUCGCCGGCGGCCGCGCCAAAGCGGGUGGGAUUGCGGUGCUCGACGAGUAUUUCCCGAAGAUCGCAAAGACCUUUUUGAUCGGAGAAGCAGCGGAAGCGUUCUCAAAGACGCUGGAGGGCCGCGUCCCGUUCAAGAUCAGCGGCACGCUGCCCGAGGCGGUGAUCGAUGCCGCCGGGGAGGCUGCAGAAGAUGGCGCGGAUGAAAUUGCGAUCCUGCUUUCACCGGCCUGUGCGAGCUUCGAUCAAUAUCCGAAUUUUGAACUGCGGGGCGCUGCUUUUGUAGAUGCGGUGCGUGCCUUGCCUGAUGCUGGUAACACUCAGGCACUGUUUCUUAUUCCCGCCGUUGCAGUCAUGUUGGCAGGCUCGCUGAUGCCACCGCGCCUGGUCCGGCGCGCGGCGUUGAUCCUCUUUGUGGUUUCGCUCGUCCUGCUGGUCGCGACGCUGUUUCUCGGAUUUGAAGCCAAGGGUGCCAGGCGCUGGAUUUACAUUGCCGGAUUUUCGUUGCAGCCGUCGGAAUUCCUGAAACCCGCCUUCGUGGUACUGAUCGCGUUUUUGCUUUCAGAAAGCGGCCGCCGCCGUGAAGUUCCAGGCGUCCUGUUUGCAUUCGUGCUUUUCGCCGUCUGCGCAGCUUUGCUGAUUGCCCAGCCUGAUUUCGGACAGACAAUGCUGCUUGGUCUCGUCUGGGCAGGGCUUUUCUUCCUGAACGGCAUUUCGUGGCUGAUCAUCGUUGCGCUUGGGCUGAUCGGCAUUUUAGGUCUUUUGGCGGCCUACGCUUUCCUGCCGCACGUGACCAAUCGAGUGGACAGGUUUCUUGAUCCCAGUUCGGGCGACACCUUCCAGGAAUUCGGAGUUGUCAUCUGCCUGGUGCUUGUUUCAAUCUUUGCCUUCAUUGUGCUUCGCGGGCUCAACCAUGCAGGCCGGGACCAGGAUGCAUUCAGCCGCCUGGCGACGGCAGGUACGGUACCGCCUUUCCCGCCCGCAAGGACCGGUCUGAACCUGUUCCUGGGCACGCUCCAGGCAAGAGCUGUGAUAAAAUCCUUGAAACCCAGCGUUGUUGCCGGCUUCGGUGGUUAUCCGACUUUCCCGCCGAUGUACGCCGCACGCCUGACGGGAACACCGUCAAUCCUGCAUGAGGCCAAUGGCGUCAUGGGCCGGGCAAACAAGAUGCUGGCCAAGGGAGUUACGGCAAUUGCGACCAGCAUACCGCUGGAAAACCUGCCUUCGGACCUUGCCGCCAAGCAGGUGGAAACCGGUAACCCGGUCCGCGAUGCCGUUCUGGAAGCUGCCGGUCAGCCCUAUGCAGCGCCAGUUGAAGGUGGAGAAUUCAAUCUUCUGGUCUUCGGUGGGUCACAGGGCGCACGGUUUUUUUCCGAUCUCCUGCCGCCGGCAAUGGACCUGAUGCCGAAUGAGGUUCGAAGCCGCCUGACUGUUGUGCAGCAAUGCCGCGCCGAAGACCUGGAACGCGUCAAGUCGGCCUAUGACACGUCGGGAAUCAAGGCAGACCUUGACCCGGCAAGGCUGGCCGACGAAAUCACCCGAUUGAUGAAUGCGCCGGACACGCUGGCAAAGGCCGCGGAAAAUGCAAACAGCGUUGCCAGGCCGGAUGCCGUCAAGCGCCUCGCGGACCUUGUUGAACAGGUCCAGGGAUCCGACAUGGCCGAAAACGCCAAUGUCCAGCGCCUGAGGUCGCACGGAAUUUCUGUCGCGGUAGGGCACGCGCCUGAAAACCUCGGCGAUGCGGAAGUGUUGGUGGUUUCCUCCGCGAUCAGGAAGGACAACCCCGAACUGGUCGCCGCGCGCGAAAAACUGAUCCCUGUCGUACGCCGUGCCGAAAUGCUGGCUGAACUGAUGCGCUUCAAGCAGGCGAUUGCGGUCGGCGGCACGCACGGCAAAACGACGACGACAUCCAUGGUGGCGGCGCUGCUUGAUGCGGGAAGUCUUGACCCGACCGUGAUCAACGGUGGCAUCAUCAACGCAUAUGGCACCAACGCGCGAAUGGGGGGCGGAGACUGGAUGGUCGUCGAGGCCGAUGAAAGCGACGGAACUUUCGUCAAGCUUCCGGCCGAUAUUGCAAUUGUCACCAAUAUAGAUCCGGAGCAUCUCGACCACUAUGGGGACUUUGACGGUGUAAAGGCUGCUUUCCGGCAAUUCGUUGAAAAUGUUCCCUUUUACGGAUUCGCGGUGAUGUGUCUGGAUCAUCCGGAGGUUCAGACCAUGAUCGGAACGAUCGAGGAUCGACGGGUGGUGACAUAUGGCACCAAUCCGCAAGCUGAUGUUCGUUUCACCGACGUAUCGAUGGAUGGUGGCAAGUCCAAAUUCUCGGUUGCCAUCCGGGACCGCCGAACGGACGAGGUGGUUGAACUGAAAGAUCUUGUCCUUCCGAUGCCAGGUCUUCACAACGUUUCCAAUGCGACGGCGGCAAUUGCAGUGGCAUCGCAACUGGGGGUCGGACCGGAAGACCUGAAAAAAGGUAUUUCGGAUUUCGGUGGCGUCAAACGCCGUUUUACGCACACGGGAACUGCCAACGGCGUGCAGAUCUUCGAUGAUUACGCUCACCAUCCGGUGGAGAUCAAGGCGGUUCUUCACGCCGCUCGCGAGUCAACCACGGGCAAGGUCAUUGCGGUGAUGCAGCCUCACAGGUACACGCGUCUUCACAGCCUUUUCGAUGACUUUUCCAACUGUUUCAACGACGCGGAUUCGGUCAUCAUCGCGCCCGUCUACGAAGCCGGUGAGCAACCGAUCGAAGGUGCGAGCCACAGGGAUCUGGUCUCUGGCAUGAAGACCAGGGGACACCGGCAGGUGCAGUCGAUUGACGGGCCGGAAGAACUGCCUGCCUUGAUAAAGGAACUGGCCGAGCCGGGAGAUUUCGUCAUUUGUCUGGGGGCCGGCAACAUCACGCAAUGGGCCUAUGCACUCCCGAAACUGCCUGGUGAUGUGCCGGUGCUGCCGGUCGGGCUGGGAUCGAAUCUCCUGAUCCGCGACGGCGGCAUGGAAGGUGUCGUCAUACGACUGAGCGCGAAGGGCUUCGGGGAGAUCGAAGAUCUGGGCCGGAAUCGCCUCAGGGCGGGGGCGGCCGUUCCGGACAAGCGGCUUGCGGAGGCUGCAGCCAGGGCGGGUCUCGGCGGCUUUGCGUUUUACACAGGAAUUCCGGGUGGUCUCGGCGGCGCCCUUCGCAUGAAUGCAGGCGCGCACGGCACCGAAACCCGCGAGCGCAUGGUGGAAUUGACAGCCCUGGACCGAGAGGGGAACAGGCACGUGCUGUCCAACGCGGAUAUGGGAUAUGCCUACAGACACUCCUCGGCGCCCGGGGAUCUGAUUUUCACAUCGGCGACUUUUGAGGGAAAUCCGCACGACGAAACGGCAAUCAGGCAGGAAAUGGCCGACGUUGUCGCACACCGGGAGAAGUCUCAGCCGAUCCGGGAAAAGACGGGGGGGUCAACUUUCAAGAAUCCUCCAGGAACAUCGGCCUGGAAGGAAAUUGAUGCAGCUGGCUGCCGCGGACUGCAGGUCGGUGGCGCGCAGAUGUCCGAAAUGCACUGCAACUUCAUGAUCAACACCGGCGAGGAUUGCGCCGAUGCGCUCGAAGAAGCCGGUUACAAGGUGACGCGCAUUGACGUGAACCGGAAUGUCUCCUCGGUCCUUGAGAAGCUGAAACCGGACGUGGCGUUUAACGCGUUGCACGGUGUGAUGGCAUCCAGCCUUGCCAUGAACAAGGUGAAGGCCAAACCGGUUCUACAGGCUGCCGGGGUCCCGGUGACGGAAGACAUCGUCGUGAAUCGCCACGACAUCCAGCGCGAACAUCCCAUGAGACCGCCUUACGUGCUCAAACCGAUCAAUGAGGGGUCGAGCUUCGGUGUCCUGAUUGUCAAGCAAGAUCAAGAGUUUCCGCCCCAGGAACUUCACAGGUCGGAUUGGCCCUACCCGGAUGUCCUGAUGUGCGAGAAGUUCAUCGAUGGCCGUGAGCUGACCUGCGCCGUGAUGGACGACAGGCCGAGCUGGCCCCGCGCGGGCGUGGUGUUUCGCGUUUGCACCGGCAGCCGGUCUGGCGCUCGGCCGGACGCCUUGCCCAUCUUCCACGCUGGCGGCCACGGCCGGAUUGUCUCCGAUGCGCUGCUGUCGGCAGCUGGCUUCGGCAUCGAGGCUGUUAAACUUUCCGGUCAGCGUGAAAUCAACGAAUUCCAGAUCCUUGAGGCACUUGAGAUUCACGAAGGCACGUCGCUUGCCCUGUUUGAUGCGCCCGGUGCGCGUAAGCGGUUGAACGAGAUGGCCUGGGUCAAGAGCGCCUCGGUGAUGAAACUUUAUCCGAGCACGCUGCAGAUCAAGAUCGAAGAGCGGAUACCAUAUGCGCUUUGGCAGCGCGGCGACCUGGUUUCAAUUGUAAACGAAGCCGGCGACGUGAUCACCGACGAUGUCGACGGGCGCUACGCCAACCUGCUGCUCGUUGUCAAUCAUGGUGCACAACGCCGCGCGGCAGAGAUCAAUGCGGCUCUGGAAAAAGUACCUGAACUGCGUCCACGGGUGCGGGCCGCGUUUCUGGUCAGCAACCGGCGAUGGGAUCUACAGCUUGAAAAUGGAAUUUCUGUGCGCCUUCCGGAACAAAACAUUAAUGCAGCCCUCACGGAUCUCGUGGAGAUGGAUGAGGACAGCGGUUUGUUGUCGAGAGAUAUCGUUGCCAUCGACAUGCGACUGGCGGACAGGGUUACCGUGCGCCUGUCCGACGAGGCUGCAGAGCAGCGCAAGAUCAUGACCGGAGGCCGCAACCGGUCGGGCAAGAAGGAGCAGGACACAUGA